AUGGACAUGCCCACAGCGGUCACCUGUGCGGCCACAUUAGUGCCCUUCCGGCAGUUCUUGAAGCCCUCCAUUCCGCAGCUCCGGGUGAGUAUGAAGUGGCCGUCCGGUCGACACAACGCGAAGAUCGUGUUGUUUUUGGUGCUCUUGAUGUGCAGUAUUGGCAGCUCUUUGAAUGGGAUGUCGUCGAAGAGUGUGUUGGGAGUGUCCAGAGAGGGAAAGUCCACCACUUUAUCGAAGCCCCCGAAGUGGAAGCGUUCGCCGGCAGAGCCCUCGUCAGUCUUCGGCAAACCCUUCAUCAUUGACCGCCGAUCGCCCUCUUUCUGGAGGACACCACUCGAGUGGACACCACUUCUCAGCAUUACUGCCAACGAAUUACUCUAUGAAUGUGACAAAUGGGCGGACUUUGCGCUCAACUUAAUCAAUGAGAGCAACAGCAAUCGAUCGGUGAUUGUGUUAACAGAAGAGGAAGCGAUGGAAAUGGAGAACAACCACAAGAAGCAGAUCAUUGCCAUCAGGAAUGAACUUCAGUUCCGUUUGGAUGAGUCGGAAGCGCUUCUCGAGUCUGUGGUGAAGGAGAAUAAGACCAAAGACAAGAAGAUCGCGGAACAGAUGGCUUUACUCCAAGAGUUACGAGAGAUCCGCGACAAUAGCGUUGCGUUCGCCGAAUACGAGACACUGAAAGACAAAUACGACAAAACAUACCUUCAAUUGUCGCAAAUGAAAGACGCGAACCAAUCGCUGAACAAACAGCUCGAGUCCGACGCCAAAGAGUUGGAAACGCUGUUCAAAAGUGUGGACACAAAGACACAAGAGUUGCACACUUUGAAGACCAAAAUGAGUGAUUUGGCGCUCAAAUGCCGAGAGAAAGACAAUGAGUUGCAAGCGUUGAACGCAUCCAAAGAGUCGAUGAGAGAUAUGGCCAGAGAUCUGGAGAAAGAAAGGCUCGAAAACGUGAAACUCAAUGAACUGUUGAAUAUAUUUCGCGAAGAAAAGCUCAAACAAAGCGAUCUUAAUAUUUCUGUCGAUGACUUCAAUCAAUCGAUAAAUCAAUCGCUCAAUAGAUUUGUCACUUCUUUUAACGGCAGUUCAGUCGGAGAGUCAAUGGAUUGUGUCGUAAAUAUUAAAUUACAAGAACUCGAGACCACUCUUGAAGACAAGUGCAGACAAUUGAAAGAUAAAACGUCUGAAAAUGAAGAGAUGGCGAAACAAAUGUCUCAAAUGGAGGCCUUUUUAGUGGAAAAGUGCAGUCAAUACGAAUCCAUUCGGAAAGAAGUGAACGAAACGACCGAAAAGUUUGAUUUAUUGAAAGCCAAUUGCAGUGAAUUGGAGGCUCAAGUCGACCACUUGUCCGCUGAAUAUCUUGACCUUCAGUUAGAGAGCGAAUCCCAGAGGAAGACAAACGACGAACUCAUCCUAACUCUCAAAACAGAGAACGAAAGCCUAGAAAAUGAGUUGAAAGAAGAGAGAGAAGCGACAGAAAAGGCGAAUAAGAAGUUCGGAGAAGAAAUGUCUCUAAUGAGAGAACAAUUGGAGGAGAAGAUCGAAGACGUGAUUGAUAUGAAGAAAACGAUUGAUAAUAAAUGCGAAGAGAAUAAACUGUUGAAUGACUCGAAAGAUGUUUUGAUACAACAACUCAGUGAUAGAGAGGACAGCAUUGAAAAUAUAAAGCAUGAAAUGAAUUCAGUUAUUAAAGAGAAAACACUUCUGGAAACACAACUUAAAGAAGAGAAGAUGAAUGGCAUUCAAGCGAUUCAAGAAAUUGAAAGCCGUUUAGAAGAGAAAUGUUGUCAAUACGAGUCUAUUCAGAAAGAGGUCAACGAAAAGAAUCAAGAAUUGGAUUUAAUAAAAGUCAAUUGCAAUCAAAUGGAGGCCAAUGUCGAGCGCUUGUCGUCAGAAUAUCUUAGUCUUCAGUUAGAGAGUGAAUCCCAGAGUAAGGCAAACAAAGAACUCAUCCAAACUCUGCAAACGGAAAAUGAAAGUCUAGAAAAAGAGUUGAAAGAAGAGAGAGAAGAGUUAAAAAUGGCGAAUAAAAAGUUUGAAAAAGAGGUGGAUUUCAUAAGAGAACAGUUGGACGUUAAGGUAGAAGAAGCGAUUGAUUUGAAGGAAAAAAUUGGUGAAUUAGAAGAACAGAACCAAUCAAUGGUUGAAUCAAAAGUAGUUUUGAUUCAGGAAUUAAAUGAUAUGAAAGUUAUGGUCGAAAAUACAGCCGAAGAAAAGCGAGUCAUAAGUGAAACAAAUGCUGUUUUAACUCAAAAUCUUGAAGAGAGUAAACAACAGAUCCAGAAAACAAACGAAGAAAACCAAUUGUUGAGCGAAACAAAGGAUGUCUUAACUCAAGAACUCAAUGAUAUGAAGACAAGAAUUUAUGAGAAUAUGAAACGUGAAAUGGAGUCCAUUAUUGAAGAGAAGACACGUUUGGAAACACAACUCAAUGAAGAGAAGGUGAGUGUCAUUACUGCUAAUCAAGAGAUUAAGAAUCAAUUGUUUCAAUUGAAGACCAAAUUGGAAGAGAAAUGCUGUCAAUACGAGUCGAUCCAAAAAGAAGUUAAGAAUAAGGAUCAAGAAUUGGAUUUAUUAAGAACUGAUUGCAACCAAUUUAAAGCCGAAGUCAACCAAUUGUCUGAUGAAUAUUUCAGUCUUCAAUUAGAGAGCGAAUCCCAAAAGAAGGAAAACGACGAAACCAUCAAAACUCUGAAAACAGGAAUUGAAAGCUUAGAAAACGAGUUGAAAGAAGAGAAAGAAUUGUCAGAAAAGACGAACAAAAAGUUUGCUGAAGAGAUGGAUUUAAUGAGAGAACAAUUGGAUAUAUCAGAUGAGAACAAAUCAUUGGUUGAAUCAAAAGAAGUUUUAGCCAAAGAAUUAAAUGAUUUGAAAGUUUUAGUCGAAAAUACAUCCGAAGAGAAGCGAGUAAUGAGUGAAGCGAUUAAAUUGCAAGAAAUGCAUGCAAUUGUCGACAAACGGUUUACGUCUCUAAAGAGAGAAAAGUCAAGUUUGGCUCAAAUGUUAUCAGAAGAGCAGAACAAACGCUUACAACUUGAGAGUCAAUUGACUGAAAACAAGCGAAAUGAGAGAACUAUUGAAGAAUACGAGAAAAGUAUUAAAGAUUUGAAUACAAGACUCAAUACCGAAGAAAUGUCUUUUAUGUUUGAGAGGAAGACGAAGGAAAGGCUGUCCAAAGAGAACGAACAAUAUUCACGAAAAAUCCAAUUCCUUGAAAACGAAGUGAAAAAACUAAACGAACUGUUGACCGCAAACAGAACACCACCCGUCGCCCACCCGGGCCCAGUCUUUUCAAUGCCCACAACAGUCAACAUUCACACCAAUCAACCAAACAAUCAAACAAAUCUGAGUAUAUCUCCGAUGGAUAUCUCGCACUCGAAUCCCAAUUCAAGUAGUUUUUCAUUGAAUAUAAGCCGAAAGCUUCCGACGGGAACCGGGAGUCGGUUGACGAUGGCUGACGAAGACGGAGAGUUCAUGGAUCCCAACAAUUUGAUUGCACUAAAACGUGGCGAAUGCUCUCUCAGUGACUCACAUCUGGACGAAGAGAGACUUUCAAUACUUCAAAGACGGAAUACAUUGGUUUUGCCGCAUCUGAAGACAUCAUAUGGCGUUGAACUGCCGUUUAUGCCCAACAAAGUGGUCGAUUCCGAAAGCAUUAAAAAUGGCUUUCCAUCCAAUGAGUCAAUGAAGGCAUUGCAACGCGGAUUCGUUUCUAAUGAUUCGCUGAACCCUUUGAAACAAAUUCAGAACAUUAGUUAUCAAAGAAGUGAAUUCACUUCCCGUCGAAACAAUAGCUCUAUUAGUUGUGAUAACGUCUCCAUUAAUACCAUUAAUGACAAGACAUUCAAUAAGAGAGUCGAGAAUAUUCGGUAUAAUUCAAGUAAAGUAAGUGUCAAGAACUUAACGCCGACUAAAAUGUUUAAACGUAUGAUGAAAGGCAACGCCAAGACAUGGACUCCAAACAAGAACUCAGCUUAUGAUAGCAAUCGAUCGGUGGUUGUGUUGCCAGAAGAGGAAGCGAUGGAAAUGGAGAACAACCACAAGAAGCAGAUCAUUGCCAUCAGGAAUGAGCUUCAGCUCCGUUCGCGUAAGUCUGAAGCGCUUCUCGAGUCUGCGGUGAAGGAGAAUAAGAUGAAAGACAAGAAGAUCGCCGAACAAAUGGCUUUACUCCAAGAGUUAAGAGAGAUCCGCGACAAUAGCGUUGCGUUCGCCGAAUACGAGACACUGAAAGACAAAUACGACAAAACAUGCCAUCAAUUGUCGCAAAUGAAAGACGCGAACCAAUCACUGAACAAACAGCUCGAGUCCGACGCUAAAGAGUUGAAAACGCUGUACAAAAGUGUGGACACAAAGACACAAGAGUUGCACACUUUGAAGACCAAAAUGAGUGAUUUGGCGCUCAAAUGCCGAGAGAAAGACCAUGAGUUACAGGCGUUGAAUGCAUCCAAAGAGUCGAUGAGAGAUAUGGCCAGAGAUCUGGAGAAAGAAAGGCUCGAAAACGUGAAACUCAAUGAAAUGUUGAAUAUUUUUCGCGAAGAAAAGCUCAAACAAAGAGAUCUUAAUAUCUCUGUCGAUGACUUCAAUCAAUCAAUUAAAGAAUCGCUCAAUAGAUCUGUCACUUCUUUUAACGGCAGUUCAGUCGGAAAGACAAUGGAUUGUGUCGUAAAUAUUAAAUUACAAGAACUCGAGAUCACUCUUGAAGACAAGUGCAGACAAUUGAACGAUAAAACAGAUGGCGAAACAAAUGGCGCAAAUGUCGCCUUUUUAGUGGAAAAGUGCAGUCAAUACGAAUCCAUUCGGAAAGAAGUGAGCGAAACGACCGAAAAGUUUGAUUUAUUGAAAGCCAAUUGCAGUGAAUUGGAGGCUCAAGUCGACCACUUGUCCGCUGAAUAUCUUGACCUUCAGUUAGAGAGCGAAUCCCAGAGGAGGACAAACGACGAACUCAUCCUAACUCUGAAAUCAGAGAACGAAAGCCUAGAAAAUGAGUUGAAAGAAGAGAGAGAAGCGUUCAAAGAGAACAAACAAUAUUCACGAAAAAUCCAUAUCCUUGAAAAUGAAGUGAACGAAUUGUUGACCGCAAACAGAACACCCGUCGCUUCAACGGCCACAUUCUUCUCAAUGCCCACAUCAGUCAUCACUCACACCAAUCAACCAAUCAAUUAA